UCAACGAUUUGUCCUAUUUUAUUUUCGGUUGGAGGGCGGGGGAGGGAAGGCGCUAGAAGAAAGGGAGGGAAAAUAACGAAAAUAAGAAGACGAAUAAGCUAUGCGAUUUCGCUGGUGGUGCUGCCGGCGGCGACACUCUGGUAGUAGAGGUACCGGACCAUCGGCCUCUAAUGCUCUGCACAAACCUAGCCAGGAAGGAGAAGGUCGUUAAUGGCCUUGCAAUUGCAAAUGAGUUGGCAACCGAGUUUACUGAGUCAGAAGCGCCGGAACGGCCCCCCACUCGGUCUUAAAAACCUAGGCAAUACCUGCUACCUCAACAGCGUCCUUCAGUGUCUCACUUACACCCCUCCCCUCGCCAAUUUCUGCCUCCGGAACCAACACUCCUCUCUCUGUGAUUCGGCUUCCUCCGACAACGAGCGAAAGCGCGAAUGUCCAUUUUGCAUUUUGGAGAGGCGGAUAGUGAGGUCUUUGAGUUUGGAUCUCACCUUAGAUUCGCCUCUCAAGAUCCAGAACUGUCUCAGGAUCUUCGCCGAGCAUUUUCGCUUGGGCCGUCAGGAGGACGCCCACGAGUUCCUUCGUUAUGUCAUCGACGCUUGCCACAACACCUGCCUCCGCUUGAAGAAGCUGCGUCGAAAUGGAAAUGGCAACUACAGCGGUGGAGGUGCGAGUGGAAGCUCCACGGUGGUGAAGGAAAUUUUCGGGGGUGCCUUGCAGAGCCAGGUGAAGUGUUUAUCUUGUGGAAACGACUCCAAUAAGAUUGACGAGAUAAUGGAUAUUAGUCUUGAUGUUUUGCAUAGUAGUUCUCUUAAAGAGGCAUUGCACAAGUUCUUUCAACUGGAAGUUUUAGAUGGCAAUAAUAAGUACAAGUGUGACAAUUGUAAGAAGUUGGUGGUGGCGAGGAAGCAGAUGUCAAUACUCCAACCACCUAAUAUUCUUGUCAUCCAAUUGAAGUUCGUAGUGUUGCUGCUUUCAUGUAAAGGCGUUGUUCUUGGAUGGGUUUGGCAGAGAUUUGAUGGCAUAUUUGGGGGUAAGAUUGACAAGGCUAUUGCGUGUGACGAGAGUUUGCAGCUUGCAAAUUUCAUGUGCAAAGGAAGUCAGGAUCCACGUCCAGAGUACAAGCUCUUUGGUACCAUAGUGCAUUCAGGCUUCUCCGCAGAAUCUGGACAUUAUUAUGCAUACAUCAAGGAUGCAUCAGGUAGAUGGUAUUGCUGCAAUGACUCAUUUGUUACAAUUUCAACUCUGCAGGAGGUUUUGUCAGAAAAGGUUUAUAUUCUCUUUUUCUCUCGUACGAAUCAAAGGCCAGUAACUACUAGCACAGAUCUUGCUUCCAAUGGUGUAAAAUCUCAUCAAUGUCAUGACAGUGAUGGAUUCAAAAUGUCAAAACCUUCUGUUGUAACUAAAACGGCACAGACAAGAUCCCAUGUUGAGCAAUCUUCUCGGAAGGAACUUUCAAGUUCAUUUAAGGUAGAUAAACCAACUUCCAGUCCGCAAGGAGGGUUGUAUAUGAAUGGACAUUCUAAUUCCAUGCAAGCUCCUUCCACCAUUAAUGGAAAGAUUGUUCUUGAGAAGGAUGAAUUCAUCAAGGAGAAUGAGAAAGAGAAUAUAAACUCGUUGCCUCUGGAAAAUGGUGCAAGACAUAUAUCUUCUCUCGGGAAUGGAAAUAUCAGGGUAAAUCAUGAAGUUCAUUGUGAUGUCCCUGAGAAGGAACAUAAAUCUGUGUUAAUGAAUGGUAAUGUAAAUGGUGAAAGUAUGGGAAUGAAAGCAGAUAAACAUGACCAGUGUAAUGGUAAAUCUAUGAAUAUCAAGAUCACUGCAGGAAGCCCUGAUCAUGAUGAAAUUGAUAAUACAGUCAACUGCCCCUCUGAGAUCAAAAGGGCCAAAAGAAGAUCAGACUUAUGUAUCUUGUCUCAACAGGAUUCUCAAUCUCGGGGAAGAGUUGAAGAACUUAAACAAAAUCUCAAGAAUGAAACUUCCUCAGUUUUAAGAUCAUGCGGUUGGUCAGAGGAGGUCUUCAGUUGCAUGAGAACAAGGAAGAGAUUAUGUUUACGAGAAACUGGCAGGACACCAAGUAGGAAUGACUUAAAGAUAUUGCUGAUUGCGGAUGCCAGAAAAAAGUUUAUUUCACGGAUACCAGAACCUCUAAAAGAGGACCUUAUCAAAAAACUUAAACUGUUUAGCCAUGAAAAGUAACCUCGGUGGGUCUCCUCUUUUUAUGCGGUAGCUGUGCUGAGAAGAAACCUUAUCCUGGUUCUUGAGAUGGCGUCACAAUCUUUAGAACAAAAUUCAUUCUGUUUUGAUGGGAAUGGAAUGUCUUGAUGGUGAUAUAUGAAGAAUAUGUCCAAUGCUUUGUCCAAGCAAAGCUUUGGCGUCUCGGGAAUUUUUCCUUCAUCAUUCUCAAUCCGCUGCAGUGGAUUUCCAUUUCUUUUGAAAAGUUGGGAUCGCUGAUGCGCUCGCUUGAAAUUUCUUUAUAUCUCGAAGCUGCACAACUGGCGGCAGUCAUCGCCGAGAAGAAAGUUCAGGAAUUCUAUUCGAUUUGUAUAAUAUCCUUUUUGGUAGGAUUUUUGGCUUUCAGUCAUUAUGUCGUGGAUGCAUUACGAAUUUUCUUUCAAGGAAUACAGGAAAACUGCGGGAGCGAAACAUAUCUAUGCUUUCAUUGAGUUUGCAUUUUUACCAAGCAAGUGUUUGCUUUUGAGCUAUCUAUUACACCGUACAUUUGAUCUUGUACCUGACUCUGCGAUAAAAUGAUAUGGUAGGCUCUUAUUGCAGCCUACAGUUGAAAAUAUUUCAGGCGACACUGCUUUCAAA